GUGUGUAUAUGUGAGAGGAUGUGUGUAUUUUCAGUUGUUAAACAGUUCAGAAUUAACUUCUAAGCUAUUUUCGGAGAUCGUUACAUACGCGAAGGCGUGAACCAGAGUGAAAACAGAUACCUUUACAAGUGUCAUCGUAGCAUAUACGAAGGUGAUCGGAUGUUCCUUCAAUUAACCUUAACGCCAUCGUCGAUGUUACGACCAUUACAAUUGAUAUUCUUAAUGACAUAAACUAAUUAAGCCUCAAUUUAAAUGCAGAGAUCUGAGUUGAAUUAGGAAAUUGCCAGUAAAUUUGGACGUAGAAAACAACAAUCUCAGUUACAACAACAAUAACUAUUACUACUACUGCUCCUACCACCUCCACCAUCAGCGAUGUGUACGCCUUCCUAUCUAUUCCUUGUUCUCUUUAUCGCAUUCACUGACAAAAUCAAAGGAAUUUGGAGUGAUUGCCAGUUCCCAGAUUACCUCCAAAGUCCGUCCUACGAUGCAAAACUGAAACCGUGGGGUACAAGAAUGUGGUGGCUAAACGGCCGAGGUCAGCCGCCCAAAUGGGUGGAGAGGCAAGAGGUGUAUGUGAGUGGCGGCGUAAUAUGGCGUUAUAAAGAGUUUCCCACAAAGAGAUGUGAAGGCUUAAUCAAACACAGAUUGUGGGAGUGUCCGGACAGUAGAGAGAUGCUUUACAAUAGGACGUGUUUAAUGAAGGAGAGGUCUGAUACAUACAGAGUCAUUGAACACUAUCCAGUCAGAAGCCACUCACCGAACGCGAUACCAAAAUUUACCUGCAUGAAAUUUCUUCAGCGGACGAAGAAUGUUGUACAAGUUUUUGAAAGACCUCCAACAGAUACAAAUGCUCCUGAUUUGUGUGAUGAAAAAUACUUAAGACUUGAUGAUUGGCCCUGGGUCGCUUCCAUAAAAUCUGAGCAGUUUUUUUGUCCAGUUUCUGGCGGUUUUACAUAUCGAACUAUAAACAGAUUAAUUAACGAGGAUGUCUGUGAACAUGAAUGGAGGCGAUCCCGUUUGGAAAUAGAAUGUGUUAAAGGAGACGGAUUAGAUUUCAUAGCUCCAAGAGGAAGCGGUUGCAGUCCUUUCCCACGUGGGCAACAGUUGGACAAUUCUAUAUAUUCACGGAAAAAGUUUGUCAAAAACCGAUAUUCAAGGAGGAGGCGAAAGAAAAGAUCUCCUUUCUUGGACACAUCUGCAUCGAAAAUCUCAGAAGAAGAGUCAGAAGCCACAACACAUUUUGUCAACAACCGCGAUAUUUUAAAAGUAAAUGACCUCCAAGAAUCCGGGUUGCCAGCUUCGGAUGAAGCGGUUCGACUUGAUUGUUGGGGCGGAUGGGAAGAAGGCGACUAUAUUUACCUAGUGGCGGCACCUUCCGGCCAGAAACCACAGUAUUGUAUGAGGUUCCCUAAGCGAAUGCACGGUGAAUUCUCCAUAUUUAUUUACUUCAGCGUUAUCUGCCCUUCAGAAUCAGACGGUAUUCCUCCCCAUGGGAUAGAAUAUUAUGAACUUAAAGCACAGCAAUCAGAUCCGUGGAAUUGUGAGGACGACCACGAAGAAUGUCGAGAAAUCAUGCGACGUGGCCGUUGUACGAAGGAGGGGGGAAAAUACUACCUCCAUUGCCAACGAUCGUGUGGACUUUGCGGUGUCCGCGAAGAGAGUAAACAACGGUGCGAAUUUGCUGACAAAUAUGUCGGCAAAUGGAUGUUGUAUGAAGAAGAAUACAAUGAACAGGUGGUCAUUAACAAAACACACAUCAGUUUCUCCAAGCUAGGAUCUUUCCGAUGUGAGGAAUUAAACCCAUAUAAGGAGAAAUAUAAAGUAUCAUCAGUGUUUCCUAAUGGAUGUUCUCAACGCUAUACUUGCAUAGAAUUCAAUCGCAGAAACAAUAACCUACUGCAGUAUAGAAUAGGUAAAUUUAGACGAAUGAACUUACCACUGGAUCAGCUGUGUGUAUUUAACGACGAUACAUACCCUUGGAUGGAAAGUGGGUGGAGUUACCAUAUGAAAAAUCUCAUCCAAAUGGAGAAUCUGUGGCCGUCGUAUUGUGGUCUGGAAAGCAGCAUUCCCUUCAGUGGAACCUACGAUGGACAGUACUGUGAAGGGACGAUAGGAGAUUGGAACGAGAAUACGUGUCUUACCGAAAGCUCUCUUAUUUUGAGGUCAGAUACCUGUUCAGCUCUUUUGAUCCCUCAAGAAUUUGAGUGCCUUGCCUUCUUAAACGAGCAGAAUGGAUUGAUUGAUAAUCUGGUUAUAACUCGUAGCAAAGAUGGAAAAAAUGAAUUUAACUGUUGGGUAAUUACAUCUUCUAGAAGAAUCAACUCAACUUGGUUAAACAAUGAUAUCUACCGAAUGAAGAGCGUACAGUGUUCUUCGAUGCCAGAUAUUGAAGUUUUGUCAUCGAGAAAGCCAAAAGCUUCUCUCUAUUUACAAGACAAUGCUAAAUCAAGAUUUUGUAAGCCAUACACGCAGUCGACUCGGAGCAGCUCUAACGAACCGAAAAGUGGCUUGCAUUCUGAUCUUAGUACUCGUACAUUGUCUAAUGUGCCGAGGCAAAGUACCCAGCAUUACUACAAACCCGACGUUCCUGGAGCCAACCAAAUUGGCCGGGCAACGGGCCAUGCUUCAAUAUCGAUAUCUUCCAUUAGUAUAUUGAUGUCAAUUUGCUGGACAGCCGUAUUAUUACUAUUCAGCCUUUCAUAAAACAACACUAUAUAUCAACAUUUUAUAUACAUAUAUGCAUAUAUAUAAAUGUAUAUAUACAUACA